AUGAGUAAGCCUCACAUUGGGGAGCUCUCCGAUUUGGAUCAGCAAGUGUGGAUCCUCCAGGGCCAGACCCUGGUGACAGUUCCACGGAGUAGCAACGCGGCAGCAGUUACCAUCACUGUUAUGCCGUGCAAGUAUCCAGAGGCUCUUGAGCAAGGCAAAGGGGUUCCCAUUUAUUUGGGAAUCCAGAAUCCAAAAAUGUGUCUGUUCUGUGGGGACACUGGAGGACAACCCACAUUGCAGCUGAAAGAGCAGGAGAUCCUGGACCUGUACAACCACACUGAGCCCGUGAAGCCCUUCCUGUUCUAUCACACCCAGACGGGCAGGACCUCCACCUUUGAGUCCGUGGCCUUCCCCGGCUGGUUCAUCGCCUCCUUCAAGAAGGGCCAGCCUAUCUUCCUGACUUCAGACCAGGGGAAAUUGUACAACACUGCCUUCAAUUUAGAUCUAAAGGCUUGA